AUGGUAAAGGUAUUUUAUAAGUUAGAUAUAGACGAUAUAUUAAAAAAAGGAAAAUGGAACCAACAGAUGGUCAUUUAUAUGGGUAUCAAUCUUUCUUCAAUUUAUUAUAAUGGAGUUAAAAAUUAAAAAUUAAAGAAAUUAGUGUAUUUGCCUUAGCAUUAAAAAUUAUAAUCGAUAAAAAGAUGAAGCUUACUUUUUUAUGCAAUUAAUGAAAAAAAAAAUGGAUUAUUUGCAAAAAGAUCUGAAUUUUAUUAAUAUAAUCCAAGUUAAAAUUAAAUGUUGGGGAAAACUUGAUUUUUACAAGAUUAAGAAUUAAAGUUUAAAAGUAUUAGAAUUUUUUAUCAAAGAUUCUUAAUAUAAGUAAUUUUUCUCAAAAUUAACAUUUAAACUAAACAUUUAUUUCUCUUACAAUCUCACAAAUGAAUUAAACAAUGCCUAAAGGAUUAACUAAAAAAGAGUUUUUUUAGAUAAUUCUCUAGGCUUAUUUAAUUGUGUAGUUAGCAUGAAUACUUUUGAUUCAUUUUUUUUUCAAAUUUAUUAAAUAGUUAAAUUUUAUUUAUUUUAAAUAAACUGUACCUAAUUCACCUGA